GUAGAGUCUAUGCAGAGGGAGCUGCCUGCACACAGGGAGCGAUCGAAUGACAGACAGAGGAGCAGCUAAUUUACUAACAAAGGAAGCUAUUUCUGAUUUCCGGUUCCGGACAGGCCUUACAUUUGGUUGAAGCAAUCAGUUAGGUGUGACGUCAUGACAACGUUGGAUGACAAGAUCCUGGGGGAGAAGCUGCAGUACUACUACAGCAGCAGUGAGGAUGAGGAAAGUGACAAGGAGGAUGACGAGGGGGAGCACAAGACCAUCCGCAACCCAGAUGUACUGGAGCCUGAGCUAGAAUACAGCGCUGACGGUAGUGCCAUCAACACAGGGCCCAAGGGGGUGAUUAAUGACUGGAGGAAGUACAAACAGCUGAAGGUGGAGCAGAAGCAGGAGCAGAAGGAGGAGAUGGAGAGACUCAUCAAGAAGCUGUCCAUGACCUGCCGCUCCGACCUGGACGACGAAGCCGACGCCAUUAAACAGAAAGAGAUGCAGGACAAGAUCCAACACAAGAUGACCAUGCAGGAGUACAACAUGCUCCAGGAAGACGAGGAUGACGAGGACUUCCUCCAGCAGUACAGGAAGCAGCGCAUCGAGGAGAUGCGCCGGAAGGUGUUGCGCGGUAAGCGCUUCGAGCAGGUCUACGAGCUCAACAGUGGCGAGGAGUUCCUGGAGGCUGUGGACAAGGAGGACAAGGCCUGCCUGGUUAUGAUCCACAUCUACGAGGGUGAGGUGCCUGCCUGCGAGGCAAUGAUGGGCAGCCUGCUGUGCCUGGCACAGGAAUACCCCCUGGUCAAGUUCUGUAGCGUGCGUGGGUCGGUUAUCGGCACCAGUGCCCAGUUCAGGGGCAGCGCCUUGCCAGCCCUGCUGGUGUACAAAGGAGGAGACCUGAUUGGGAACUUUGUGCGCAUCACAGACCAGCUAGGAGAGGACUUCUAUGCUGUGGAUGUGGAGGCGCUGCUGCAAGAGUAUGGGCUGCUGCCGGACAAACCUGUCCUUGUCGCUAAGACCAUCCGCAACGGCGCCAUCACACAGAGCGAUGACUCUGACCUUGACAUAGACUAGAGAACAGACCUGCACUUAAAUAGAAACAUAGACUAUAACCUCUGUGUACACACAUUCGACAUAGAAUAGAACCCCAAUGUGUACACACACAGUCGACAGACUAGAACCCCUAUGUACACACACACAGUCGACAGACCAGAACCCCUAUGUACACACACACAGUCGACAGACUAGAACCCCUACGUACACACAUACGGUCGACAGACUGGAACCCCUACGUACACACACACAGUCGACAGACCAGAACCCCUACGUGCGCACACACACGGUCGACAGACUAGAACCCCUACGUGCGCACACACACGGUCGACAGACUAGAACCCCUACGUGCGCACACACACGGUCGACAGACUAGAACCCCUACGUGCGCACACACACGGUCGACAGACUAGAACCCCACGUACACACACACACGGUCGACAGACUAGAACCCCACGUACACACACACACGGUCGACAGACUAGAACCCCACGUACACACACACACGGUCGACAGACUAGAACCCCUACGUACACACACGCACACGGUCGACAGACUAGAACCCCUACGUACACACACGCACACGGUCGACAGACUAGAACCCCUACGUACACACACGCACACGGUCGACAGACUAGAACCCCUACGUACACACACGCACACGGUCGACAGACUAGAACCCCUACGUACACACACGCACACGGUCGACAGACUAGAACCCCUACGUACACACACGCACACGGUCGACAGACUAGAACCCCUACGUACACACACGCACACGGUCGACAGACUAGAACCCCUACGUACACACACGCACACGGUCGACAGACUAGAACCCCUACGUACACACACGCACACGGUCGACAGACUAGAACCCCUACGUACACACACGCACACGGCCGACAGACUAGAACCCCACACGUACACACGCACACGGUCGACAGACUAGAACCCCUACGUACACACGCACACGGUCGACAGACUAGAACCCCUACGUACACACACGCACACUGUCGACAGACUAGAACCCCUACGUACACACACGCACACUGUCGACAGACUAGAACCCCUACGUACACACACGGUCGACAGACUAGAACCCCUAUGUACACACACACACACACACAGUUGACAGACUAGAACACCUAUGUACACACAGUCGACAGACCAGAACCCCUACGUGCGCACACACUUUUAAAGGAGUGAUUUGACCUACAACUAAGACAGAUUGAAUACGCUCAAAUUCAAUAGUGUGGUUUCCACUACCACGUUAUCUCUGGGCUAGUCAGUGCUUGAUACCGCCAGAGUUGUUUGAAAUUGAGAAACUUAACAUGCGAUUACUUUACGCAAAUACCUUGUUGACAAAUUUGCGACUCCCUUUGACGAUGGUGUGAAAUUUUGUCAUGGGCGUUACAGGAAGUAAUUUCAUGUUGUGGAGUCGCUCAGUUUUAAACGGCGAUAGAGUUGUACUGGACACCAUAUUGGCAAUAUUAGCAAAAUGCUAAUUCAAAAAACAGUACCCUAAUGCAGGGGUAUUUAUAUCUGAGCCUGGAGGUUGACAAGAUGGGAUGCAGCGAUUGUCAGAAGGGACUUUUACUUGCAGGUUAGCAGAAUUUACGCAGCAGGUUAUAAAAAUGGACGUAGCAGGUUAGGAGAAUUAGGUUAGGGUUAGCUAAAAUGCAAAAAUUCCCCCAACGCCACUCGAACAUGCAACUUUUGAUCUCACUUUGACAUUAGCUGCAUCUGUUCUAGUCAUGGGGAAACGCUUAUCACGGCACUUUGAUACCGCAGUGACUUUUUCGUAGCAGUUUAGGAGACUGAGGUUAAGGUUAGCGAAAAUGCUUUCCUAACAUGCUACAAAAAUCACUUUGUAUCAAAGUGUUGUGAAAAGACUGUCUCUGUAGCCAUGACCUGUUCCACCUGGGAAAUCAAUUGCACCCACAUGGUAUCCCAUGUCUAAAUCAAUGCCCGAUUAGAGGGAAAUAAUGAAAAACAGCAGUGGAACUGGCUUCAAGGUCCAGUUUUGAAUUUGCCUGCAGCUAGUGAAGUGCGUUGUUUUGAUCGACAGGACCUAAAGACCUAUACAUUCCCUAUUAAUUAUGAUAUUUAUUCACCUAAGUUAUAUGCUUCAUUACACAUCAUGUUAGUUUAACUAGUUACAUGAAUAAUUACAUAAUAAACCAAGACUGAGACCUAUUAUUUGUUUUACAAUGUGCAGACAUUAUUAUUUUUUGAUGUUUAAGCUUUAACUUAUUUGUUUUUAAUUGUGACAAUGCAUUGUUGUUUUUCCUGGUCCAAUGUCUCUUAUUUGUGCAUGUUUAUCAAACUAGCUCACCCUGUAGAAAAUGUUCUGUCCAAAGGGACAUUUUGUUAGUUUUAUACCUGUUAAUAUUAUGGAUAAAAUAAACUAGCUUGAUUUGA